AUGGAAAGAACUUGCUUAUGCUGGGAAGAAAUUUUAAAAGUCGAUGAUAGCAUUAACAUUUCAGCUUUCUAUGCAGAUGAUAUCUAUACUCUAAUUGGAAGAAAUGAUGGAAUGCAUUGAGUUUUCAGAAAAUCAAUCCAAGACUAUUCUUUUUCAUUUGACUCAUCAAAAGUGCUUUGAAUUGAAAAAGUCAAUCAUUAUUUCUGUUCUAGCUGCGAAUCAAGGAAUAUUUACAUAUACAAGCUUAAUGAUUCUCAUGAUUUAAUCAAGAAAAUUAUAUUUGACAACCCUAUCUCACAAAUGGUACCUUUUCAAUCAAGUUUAGCAUUAGCAACUACCUCUUGCACCAUCUAUUUACUAUCAUCAAAUUUUGAGUUAAGCAAGUUUUAUGAGCCAUUAAACCCUAAUAAUGAGCUUGUACAAUUAAACUCGUGCAAUGGUAUAGUUAUUGUAUCAACCAUGACAAGAAGCAUUAUUAUUUCAUCUGGACAAGCUUUUCCAAUAGGCAAGAAAGAAAGAAAUGCCCCAUAUAGUGCUUGCAUGGUAGAUGAAGAUAUUAUUUUUGCAUCAAGUCCUACUGGUGACUUGUGAGAAGCUAAUAGUCAAGGUGUUGUUUUGAAAAAUCGAAGCUAUAAGAGCAAAACAGGCCAAAAAGUAAAAUUUACACUAUGAUUUCCAGUUGAUAGCAAGUAUGUUUUAUCAUUAGAUGGAGAUGAAAAAUCAUUAAUUUUACUCGGGAUUGAUCAAAAAAGUAUAGUUUGCAAAGAAAUUUCAGUUGGGAGACUAUGAUUUAAUUGGCAAGAAAAAAAAUUAUUCCAGUUAAAUGAAGAUAGCAUACAAAUUUUAAAAAUAUACACAAAUAUUGAGUACUUGCAAAGACUUAUAUCAUUAAAAGAUGCAGAAAAUUCUAUUAAAUUGCUUAUGAAAGAUAAUUCUUUGCACAAACUUGAAAAUCUGCAAGAUCUUUGCAAGCUUGUAUUCAUAGAAAGAGUAUCAAUAGGCCAAGAGUUUUUUGAUUAUUUUACAUCAUUAAUUGGACAGCUUGAAGAUGAAAAUUUUAUAUUAAAAAUUGACCAAAAAAUAGAAGAAAAUUAUGAUGAAAAUAUCAAUGAAUUCGAGGAACUCUCGAAAGAUAUAAAAAUACCUAAAGAAACUGUAGUUGAGGUAAGGCCAAAGAGAAAAGGAAGAAAUAUAUUGAGCUUAUUAUGAGAGGCAUUUUUUGUUUGGAAGCCUUUGAAAGGAAAGGAUCGGAUUAGAGUGAUAAAAUUUUUGAGUGUAAAAGUAUACGUUUCAAUGAUUGUAAAAAAUGAUUUAUUGAUUCUAAUUUCAAAAAAAUAUGAUGGGCUUGAAAAAAUUAGACGGAUGAAAUCUAUAGCAUAUGAUUCAUACGAUAAAAUAAAAUAUCGCUUGAUAUCAAUUGAAGAGUAUAAUUAUAUUCAAAGAAUUUCACAGAUUUUAUAA